AAGUGACAUAUUACUUACAAGUCCAUGGUGGGUUGUAAACAAACUGAUUUUUGCUAGAUUCCGUGCGGAUACGGCUGUUCUGCGUUAAUUUUUGAUAAGUUGCUGAUACGUUUUCUACACUUCAAGAUGUCUAUAGAAAUCGAGUCAGCUGAUGUGAUUCGGUUGAUCCAGCAAUACCUCAAGGAGUCUAACCUUCACAAGACUCUGCAAACAUUACAGGAGGAGACGGGCGUGUCGCUCAACACUGUCGACAGCGUGGAUGGGUUCGUGUCGGACAUCCACAAUGGCCACUGGGACACGGUCCUUAAAGUCAUCCAGUCGCUCAAGCUGCCCGACAAGAAGCUGAUAAAUCUGUACGAGCAGAUCGUCCUGGAACUGAUUGAACUGCGAGAACUCGGAGCGGCGAGGUCGCUGCUGCGCCAGACGGAUCCCAUGAUUAUGUUGAAGCAACAGGAACCCGAGCGAUAUAUCCACUUAGAAAACAUGCUCCAGCGCGCCUAUUUCGACCCCCGCGAAGCCUACCCGGAAGGCAGCAGCAAAGAGAAACGCCGCAACGUUAUCGCGCAAGAACUUAGUGGUGAAGUCCACGUAGUACCGUCUUCCCGUCUACUUGCACUUCUCGGACAGGCCCUCAAAUGGCAACAACAUCAGGGUCUCCUCCCGCCUGGCACGACCAUCGAUUUGUUCCGCGGCAAAGCUGCCAUCCGUGACCAAGAAGAGGAAAUGUAUCCAACGCAAAUGUCGCGCCAAAUCAAAUUCGGUCAAAAAUCGCACGUCGAGAGUGCAGCGUUCUCGCCAGACGGUCAAUAUCUAGUCACUGGAAGCAUUGACGGCUUCAUCGAAGUGUGGAACUUCACGACCGGAAAAAUCCGUAAGGAUUUGAAGUACCAAGCGCAAGACCAGUUCAUGAUGAUGGAACAGGCUGUCCUCGCUUUGACGUUCUCUCGAGACUCGGAAAUGAUUGCGUCGGGAUCGCAGGAUGGGCAAAUAAAGGUUUGGCGACUGAUGACGGGACAGUGCUUGCGGCGGUUCGAGAAGGCGCAUUUGAAGGGGAUCACCUGCUUGCAGUUUUCACGGGAUAACAGUCAGGUGCUGUCGGCGUCGUUCGAUCAAACGAUUCGCUUGCAUGGGCUGAAAUCCGGGAAAAUGCUGAAGGAAUUCAAAGGCCAUCAUUCGUUCGUAAAUGAGGUGACAUUCACCCCCGAUGGGCACAGCCUCUUGAGCGCAUCAUCCGACGGAACUGUGAAAAUCUGGUCGCUGAAAACUACUGAGUGCGCAUCAACGUUUAAACCUCUCGGCAACGAAUUAUCUGUGAACACCGUCCUCCUGCUUCCUAAGAAUCCCGAGCACUUCAUUGUUUGUAACCGCUCGAACACGGUCGUCAUCAUGAACAUGCAAGGCCAAAUCGUGCGCUCGUUCUCAUCAGGUAAGAGAGAGGGAGGAGCCUUUAUCUGCGCAACAUUAUCGCCGCGCGGAGAAUUCAUCUACUGCGCAGGCGAGGAUCAGGUGCUCUAUUGUUUCUCGGUGUCGUCCGGCAAAUUGGAGAGAACACUGAACGUUCACGAAAAGGACGUCAUUGGACUAGCGCAUCAUCCACAUCAGAAUUUGCUGGCGACGUACAGCGAGGACGGGUUGCUGAAGUUGUGGAAACCUUAGAUUUAGGAUUUUAGUUUAUUGUGCCGUAAUAAAGAAAUUGUACCCUAA